AUGUCUGUUCAUUCUACUAUUGAUGCAAAUGGACAUUUCACUGCUGCUUUUGAGCCUUGGUUCUUGCCUGAGUACGACGAUGAUGCUGUUCGGGCUGAUAUACCGUGCUAUCCACCAAACAUAAGGCAGUGGAAGUUUAAAUCAGAAGGGUGCAUGAGGGACUACUUCCAUACCGAAGUGGUCAACCCGGUGCUGGCGGCCUGGUCAAGACAACCAAUUAUACUUCAUCAAUCCGAGGUUUCACCGCUCGAUCAACGUAGUACAGAGAAAGUUGACGACUUUUACACAAUAAAUCUGAGUUCUGGCCACGAAAUUCCUUUUGUGGUUGGAGAGUAUAAGAAAAAUCUGAUUGUGAGGGAUGAAUGGCAAAGCGGAGCCCUUACAUCGGACAGCCAACAACAGCUAGGACGAGAAUUGCGAGGUUAUUGCGUCAAAUACAUGUGCCCACAAGGGUACUGCUUUGAUGGCGAAACAUGCAUCCUAUGGCAAUUUCGAGCAGUAGACAGAAAGGAUAUGGAAAAAUUGCGUUGUGGUAUAGAUAUCUGGGUACUUCCUCGAGGCUUCAGCACCACCACGUAUCGAUAUGCCCUCAAUCGGCUAUUUUCGCAAGCACUUCGAAGGUGCCAAGGUAGCUUAGCCUAUCCGACAGUUGAUGUCUCUGGUUACAUACCAGAAACUCGACCAUUUUUUUCUGGUGAACCUUUGUUUAGGAUACCAGGCAGUCAAGAACUUCAGAACCUUAAUCAAUACAACUAUUCUCGUGCUAUGGAUAUCACCUAUGGUGCAUUCUUUUGGAAGCACGGAGAAGAAGAUUUAGUACUAGACGGCCGCAGAGUAUGGGAUACCGCUCCGCUCUGGGGAACAACCUAGGCUGAUAGCUUCGUAUACAAAUUCAAUAAC